CCACUCUCUCUCUGCGUUCCUUACUUUGUGGGAGCAGUGGCUGGAAUUAGUAGUUGGAGAUUUGGAGUAAGAACUUUGAAGAUUUUAGGGGGGGAGCCCAGAUGAAAUCAAAAGCUCAACAAGAGGGCAGAAAUAUAAUUAAUAAAGAAGAGACCUGAAAAAGAAGGAUAAAAAGGUGAAACCAGACACUUUGUUUUUAUUCUUCUCCUGUUGAUCUUUUGUGGGUGCAAUAAUCCCUCUCCUCCACAGCUCCACUGCAACAGCAACAUGGGAACAAUGGAUACCCAAAUCCUUCUCUGUGGUGUUGUUUGAAGUUGAGGUUCUCAUCCCAUCCUUGUCUAGGCAGAGCCAUUAAAAGCCUUAUUACCUUGCUUGGAUUUUCUGGAAAGACCCACCACCACCCAGCCUCCUUGAUGCUCAUCUCUCUCUUCUUCAUCCCUUGCUAGUGUUGUGUUUUCUUGAUACACUUAGCUAGUGAUAUGGCUGACCAAGGCAAGAGUGGUGGGGUGAGGGAGUACAGGAAAGGUAACUGGACAGUCCAUGAGACUAGUGUGCUUAUUGCUGCAAAGAGGAUGGAUGAAGAGAGGAGAAUGAAGAGAAGUGGAGAUGGUGAUGGGAGGAGCAGACCAGCUGAGCUGAGAUGGAAAUGGGUUGAGGAUUAUUGUUGGAGACAUGGGUGUUUGAGGAGUCAAAAUCAGUGCAAUGACAAGUGGGAUAAUCUGAUGAGAGAUUACAAGAAAGUAAGAGAAUACGAGAGAAGGUUAGCUGAGAGAGGAGUUGGAGAAGAAGGGUCUUAUUGGAAGCUUGAGAAGCAUGAGAGGAAAGAAAGGAACUUGCCUUCUAAUAUGUUGCCUGAGAUAUAUGAUGCUGUGGUGGAAGUGGUAGAGAAGAGAGGUGUUCCAAGGGUGAGUGGUGGAUCAGUAGCUCCUAACAUUGGCCUUGUCAUGGAGAUGCCUAGUUCUAGUGUUCAGCCUUCAAUGCCUCCUCUAUUGCAGUAUCACACCUCAAAUCCAACUCCACCAUUACCACUACCUCCUCAACCUCUGCCACAUUCUCAGCCAUUACCCUCAGUAGAUUCUGAUACAAGUGAGCAUUCAAACUCAUCAGCAAAGAGAAGAAGAAGGGGAGAAGGAACCAGCAGCUCUGGUAACACAUCAUAUGAAGUGGGUUCUGCAAUUUCUAAGAGUGCUUCUAUUAUAGCAGAAGCUAUCCAAGCUUGUGAGGAAAAGGAAGAGAAGAGGCACAGGGAUCUUCUCAAUCUUCAAGAAAGAAGACUCAAGGUGGAAGAGUCAAAGACAGAGAUCAAUAGGGAAGGAAUUAAUGGUCUUGUUGAUGCCAUUAACAAGCUUGCCAGUUCUAUACUUGCAUUAGUUUCAGACAAGAAUUCAUCUGCUCCAAAACAACCAACCAUAGUCAAUAAAAACAACACGUGAUUAACAUUGAACACCUAAGACCCAUUUGCUUGCUUGCUUGUAUAUAUAUAAAUGACAUCACCAUUUGUGUUUUUU